AUGGAGCCUAUGACACUUGGUAGUCCCGUCAGCAGUCCUGGCAGCAAUCAAAGCCAAUAUUUGCCGCCUUUUCUCAUGGGCGACUCGCAGGCAAUGACGCCCCAUAACAACACGCUCUCACCAAAGCUAGGACGCUACAAUGUGAGCUUCGCUACGUCUCCAAGCAAUAACACUCCUCAGGAAACGGGCUACAAUAAUCCACAACAGCUAAAUCGUUCAGCAAUGGGAACGCGUACGCUAUUUGCUGGCACCACUAGCGCUGGUGGUGGUAGUGGUAGUACUGUUGGCAAUGGUAGUGGAUCAAAUACCAGUCAUCAAGCUGGUCCACCAACUCAGGGUCUAUUUGAUUCGCUGCGCAGUGAACAGCUGUGCGGCACCCCACAGCGCACACAUUUGGGCAUGCUGCAAACGUCCCAUUUAAACAAUUCGAACUUUAGCUUAAAUCAAAGCUGCCAUCCGCCAACGACGCAGCUAAAUGAUUCGUAUGUUCCAAAUGCGCCCAAUGCCGCCAACGCCUCAAUGCGCGCGCUUUGCUCGCCGCUGGGCGCUAACGUGUCGCCGUUAACCAUGUCGCACACACCUCAGGGACGUAACGGUGAUUUUUGGGUAACAAUCUUUGGGUUUUCCCCUGGAGCCAGUUCCAUGAUACUACAGCACUUCACCAUGUGUGGCACAAUUGUGGAUGUGGUGCAUGCUCCACAAAAUGGCAACUGGAUGCAUGUGCGCUUCGCAUCGCGCAUCGAAAGCGAUAAGGCAUUAAACUACAAUCUGAAGGUUAUUGCCAGCAAUGUUAUGGUGGGCGUCACACGUUGCACUGACGAAAGCAUCAUCGACAAGGAGAACGCGAAAAUAGUCGAGCCAGAUGCUGAUGUAUUCAGACCGAAGGUGCGAUCACUAACCCAGCAAUCCUACAAUAUCGCCCAGCAUGACACUCACGUAUCGCCCAACCGCAGUGUGCCUCAGAAAAGCAGCGGCUUGAUGAACAAGGCCAUGGAUCUCAUCUUCGGCUGGUGAUCGAUCAAUCCUGCAGCAUUAGGUUAUUUAAUAAUAAAAUGAAAAGCGAUCAAUAAUUGUUGUUCGAAACCAAA